CUGUGAUGGCCGUGACCGAGCGGCCGGUCACCGUGCACCUCGCCUUCUUCAUCUGCAGACGGCGAGCAGCGCACAUCGCUGCCUGGGCUCCUGCUGCCUUUCCCACCAUUUCCACCUUCUUCUUUUCCCACCAUUUCCACCGCAUCCGCUGCCGGCCUUGCUGGAGGUCCAGCGAGCGGCCACGGUCUGUCUCUCGGCCGAGCAGCCAGGCUGGGCAGCAGAGGAGGGAACGCGACAGGAGCUCCGGAGGUGGCGGCAGCAGCGAUGCUGAGAGCGGACAGGGACAACUAAAAGCCAUCGCAGCCGGGGGGCUGUGAUGCGAGCGGCGCCGCCAGGCUUCUGCUCCGCCGCUGCCCUCUCGCCCCGCUGCCGGGCCGGAGAUCAUGUCAGUUAAUAUCGUAGCCUUUGGGAACGAAAGGGACAGGUUUUCUGAGGACAGCCAGCAGCCCAGCCUGAUCUGGAGCUAUCUGGGGAGAAGCGCUCUCAUUUCCCAGAUCGAUAGCAGCCUGUCUGCUGCUCACGCUGCAAACCCGGUGUUCACCGAGUAUCAAGCCUGCGUGUUCGGAAAUGUCAGGCUGCUGGUUCGUGACUGCCCUGCCUGGGACAUAUUUGACAGUGACUGGCACACCUCCCGCAGCCUCAUUGGAGGAGCUGACAUCAUUGUGAUCAAAUACUCUGUCAACGACAAGACUGCUUUCCAAGAGCUGAAGGACAGUUAUGUCCCAAUGAUCAAGAAAGCCCUGAGCCACUGCUCAGUUCCAGUCAUCAUUUCUGCUAUUGGGGCAAGGAAAAACGGAGUGCCUUGCACCUGCCCCCUCUGCACUUCAGACAGGAGGAGCUGUGUCACCACCUCCGAGGGUGUGCAGCUCUCCAAGGAACUAGGAGCCACUUACCUUGAACUGCACACUCUGAAUGACUUCUACAUACAGAAGUACUUUGGAGGAGUGCUGGAGUAUUUCAUGAUCCAGAGCUUGAAUCAGAAGUCAUCAGAAAAAAUGAAGAAAAAGAAGAAGACUCAGAAGUGCCACCGAGUUCAGCCCCCUCAGCUUGAACAGCCAGAAAAGAUGCCGAUCCUAAAGGGUGAAGCCUCGCACUACGACGCAGACCUGCACAACCUCCUCUGCUGCUGCCAGUGUGCUGAUGUGGCCUUCUACCCCGAAGACCUCAGCACGGUGGUGGAGGCUCACAAGGUCAUCCUCUGCUCGGUCAGUCAGCUCUUCAUGCUGCUCUUCGAGGUGAAGAGUGCCGCUGACAUCCACGACGCCUCCAUUGUCAAGAUGGCACAGAACCUCUUCACGGUGGACACCAGGGGCACCUUCCCCGUGGCUACCCAUAGUGGACCACCCUGUGUCCCACCAGUGAAGGUGGUGGUGAAGGACUCUGUCUUCUGCUCUUGUCUCCCAGACAUCCUCCACUUCAUUUAUUCAGGUGCUUUCCAGUGGGAACAACUCGAAGAGGAUAUAAAAAGGAAGGUGAAGGAUCCAGAGAAAACUGAAAAUGUACUUGAGAAGGUGAAAUGCAUCCUGAAAACUCCAGGGAAGCUCAGCACUGCCAAGGACUGCAGGUCUCACCAGAUAAGACGUCUCUACAGUACCUCUCUCAGGCUGUUCUUUAAUACACCUGUCUUAGCUGAUGUCAUCUUCAAAAUACAAGGUGCCACUGUCCCAGCCCACAGAGCAGUGCUGGUAGCUCGCUGUGAGGUAAUGGCAGCUAUGUUUAAUGGUAAUUAUCUAGAAGCAAAUAGUGUUCUGGUUCCAGUCUAUGGGGUUUCCAAAGACACUUUCCUCUCCUUUCUAGAGUAUCUCUAUACCGACUCCUGCUGCCCAGCCAGCAUCCUGCAGGCCAUGUCCCUGCUGGUGUGCGCAGAGAUGUACCAGGUGAUGAGGCUGCAGCACAUCUGUGAGCUCUACAUCAUUACCCAGCUGCAGAGCAUGCCCAGCAGGGAGCUGGCAUCCACCAGCCUCAGCAUCGUCAGCCUGCUCAGGAAGGCCAAGUUUCACAACUCUGAUUGCCUCUCAACUUGGCUGCUUCACUUUAUUGCCACUAACUACCUCAUCUUCAGUCAAAAGCCUGAAUUUCAAGACCUUUCAGUGGAGGAGCGCAGCUUCGUUGAGAUGCACAGGUGGCCUUCCAACCUCUACCUGAAGCAGCUCGCCGAGUACAGGAACUAUGUGCACUCCCAGAAGUGCCACUGCGCAGUGAUGUGAGAAGAGUGACCACAGGCAGAGGGCAACCCGAGGGGGAACUCAAAGAGAGUGUGAAAAGCCAUGCCAAGAGCAGAACCAGGUGGUGGGCUCCUCUGGAGGACUUCAUGCUGUGGUGUGGGGCACUCACUGAUGUCCCUUACUUGGAUAAUAAAACACUCCUCUCUAAGACA